CCCUGCGAGGCUGACGGACGCUCAGCUGAAGGUCUGACCGAAGAUGAACGUGGCUCUGAUCCAUGACAGACUGCACACUAAGACGUUCUGGGAGAAGAGGAUUAACGCUCAGUGUCAGCUCGCUGAGAGCGAGGAGCAGAGGAUGAACAAGAGCGCGCUCAAGAAGCUGAGGGGGGAGUGGCUGGUCCGUCUGGAGAACCGAACCAAACACCUGAAGAGCCUCGACGACAACUACAUCAGGAAGGUGUCGACGGAGACGGCGGCUGACCAGACGUGAGCCGACAAACUGGGCUGACGAAGC